GUUAAAAACGCUGCGAGACGAUAUACUUUUCGUUUUCAUCCGAGAAUUGUAGCUCCGAAACGCGUUUUGAGUAAGUAGAAAAAAGGGUUGUAUACGUUUCUCAUCAUGGGAAACGCUGCGAACGCGUUAAAUCGGCCAGCAUUAACGCGUUUCGCAGUGAAUAUAUCCUAAUUUUUUAUCCCAUGAGUAUAUGUGGAAAAGUAGAUUUGCAUAUAGGUAUUUUAGAUUAACUUUUGUUGAGCAUGUAAACUAAAUGAGAACUAAUGGAUGAACUAUAAAGAAUGGGGAUCUCCAUAUUUUCUUAAUAUCUUCUCUAGCUUUCAUAAAUUAAAACUAAACUUCUUUUAAAAACAUCCAGCUUUUGAUUUUCUACAAAAUCAUGCAUAAAUAGUUAUCAUACAGAUAAAAACAAGCAAAACAGUUACUAUAUAGUAAUACUGCAGACAUAAUACAACAUCAACAGUUUCUCAACACAAAAUACAGUUAUUUUAUAUUUAUAUGUUUUCAUAUCGAACUAUAUAGACAAACGUGAACUAAUUGUACUGUCAAUUUUGUAGAGCUUAACAAACUCUAUCUUAUUAGUAUGUUCAUAAAUUUUUAUAGCGAAAUUUUAUUGAACUAAAAAAGGGCUAAAUAAAUGUUAUUUUUGAAACUCCGCCAAAUGGAGGAUAGUACAAUUUGUCAAAAAAUUUAUCUAGAUAGUUUGAUCAGAGGACACGUAAAUACAAGAGUUUUGUAAAAAAUUAAACGCUGAAUCUUUAAAAAAAAAGAAUUCAGUCAGAUUCCAGGAAAACUGGAGAAAAUAUGAAAACCCUCGUUCUUUAUGGUCCAUUCGUUAUUGUUCUUAUAUCCAACUCAUGUUUUUAAUUCAUCAAAUAAUAAUAUUUUGAUAACUAUUCGUCUUUUUUUUUGCUUUUAACUUUUGACGAUUAAAAGCAACACUUUUUUAUUUAGGAAAAAAUUACUUUUUCACAUCUCUAACCAAUAGAAAUUUUUUUUUUCUGAAUGUGAGAUGUUCGAUAAAGAGAAAAUAUUUAUAAAUUUUUGAAGAAUUCAAAACAUGAAAUUAUGUCUUCAUCAAGAGUACGAGCAAGUGUUCAUGUUAGUUUCAGUCAAGGAUGAUAGAUAUUAUUCAAGAAAAUAUAUGUCGAACAUUAAUGAUUUUGCUAAAAUCAUGAAAUAAAAGUAAAGAAUAUUUCAAAAUCAGAUUUUUUGAUUCUUUUUCUGUUUUUGAAAAUCAGUCGUUGGUUAGCUCUUUUUUGUACUCUUCGAGUCGAACAUGCCAGAUUUUUACCAUUUUUUCAUUUAUAUUUUACUAAAGGGGAGAAUAUAGCAACAAUUGAACAUCUUCGAAAUGCAGCAACUAAAGACAAUUCAUGGAAGAAAAUAACAUCAGUAAAACAUUUGGUUCAACAAAUGAUACGUGAUUAUACUCAAUUGAGUGUCGCUUCUCAUACAUUCAAUCCAUCAAACAAUUCAUAUAUAGACUCCGAACCUACCUUAUUCGCUGAUAUACAUCGUGUACGACGCUAUUUUCAUUAUGUUACCAAUACAGUUAAAUUUAUUCCUUAUCUUGAUCGACGUGCUGUUGAAUUAGCUAUUCGUGAAAUAAGGUUAACAUAUGAUGAUGAUGAUAAUGUUCUCAGUAAUAUACAAACAUAUUUGACAACAGUCUGUCUACGAAAUACUCUAGUUGAUGCGAAUGCCCAUAAACAGCAAUGUGUUGAAUGGACUAAAGAACGAGAUCAUUUAUUGUUACUCAAUAAGGAACGUCGUACUCAAAAAGAAAUUGAUGGUGAAGUCAAAGAUUUACUCGAAGGAUUGGCCAGUAGUAAAAUUACGAAACAACUAUUCGAUAAGCACGAUGAAAGAAAACGAAUGGUAGAACUCAUCGAGAAAGAACUUAAAGAGACUCAAAUUCAUCUUCAACAAGCACAAACCCAAUUGUCCGCACAUAGAGCACCAAUCCGUGAAUUAGAAACCAAAAUAGCUGAAGAUGAUGAACGAAUUCGAAAUCUAGAUGCUAUUCUUAAAAUUGAUAUAGCUGAUGCACAUCAAAAAUUGAACGUUAAAUAUGGACGUAGAUUGCUACUCUACGGGCCGCCAGCAACAGGUAUAAACGAUUAUUAA